UAGAAUUUAAUACGUUUCGGAGUAAUUGACUGAUAAAUACAGUUUAGAGAUAGCUCAACAGACUUUGGAUAAUUAAAAAAAAAACAGAACUUAAAGUUAAAGGCCGAAACUGAAACGUUUUAGUUAGAAUAUGUUUUUCUCUCUGAUCCGUCAGUGUUAUCGUUCACCUUCGAAAGAUGGAGAUGGAUCAUCUUCUUCUUCUUCUUCUUCUACUUACACCGUGGUUGAUACGCACGCGCGUAUGACGAGGACGACAUCUCCGUAUGUGAAUCGUCACGUGCCGUUUUGUCCGGAGCGGAGAAAGAUCGACGGAAUACGGCGGUGGCGGCCGUCUCUUUCUGCUAUUUCGGAAGACGCAUCCACCACCACCGUCUCCGCCGGAGAGACUGAUCCUUCGUUUAGAAAAUUUUUAGCCAGAGAAACGGCGUCCUUCUCCCGCAGAGAUCGUACUACUAUUAAGAGAGCCUGGAGAAACACAAUCACAUACCAUAUAGCAUCACCCGGUUUCGCUCCUUCUCCGUUCAUGUAUUGAAAGUGUGUAGUGUGUGUAUUCAUGAUUCUUGUAUUUCACCUUCUGCAAUGUUGUGCGCUUUUACGUAGUACCUUAAUUCGAGAGAUUAUUAGUAACAAUUCUUGUAAUUACAAUGCUUGAGGCUCUUAAUCCUUUUAUGUCACUUUAAUUGUGAUCAUUAUGAAUUCCGUUUGUUUGAUAUUGAGAAACAGUUAAUUAAAUAAAAUAAGAGAAGUCAAAUUAUA